AUGUCCCCGACAAAGCCACCACUAGAUAUAGUCGAGGGUAUCAUCAACGAAGUCUACCUGAGCUGUUCCUCUUUCCUAGUUGACACUCGACACUAUUGCUCGCUCUCGACACCAUGCCCAGCUGCUCUUGAAGAAAUCGCGCCGUUUGUUAAUCUCCGACUGGUCUCUUCGACCUGGAAUGCUUCUGUCACCAAAAUACAACACAGCAUCCGCGGGAAGUUCUUCACGGAUGUUGAAGCGGGGGUAUACUACCCACACGCCUGGCAUAUCAACACCCGCGUGAGGAAAUCGGUGCUGCUCGGGCGAUAUCGCGUUUUUCAAACUAUUAGCGCUGAAGAAGGAAGUCGUGGGGUGUAUCUCGCGUAUGAUCUAGCUGAUGGGUGUUCUAACUCGUCGGAGGUUGUCCUGAAAUGUUGGGUGUCUGAAGCCGACUUUGAGUUGCAUCAAGAGACUGCUGCCUACCAAAUGCUCGAAGGAUGCCCUGGCAUACCUCAACCUCUGCAUUUGUCUUGUCAUGACCCCCACAGCGACGUCAAUAUUCUGGCGCUGCCGAAACUAGGCCCUUCGCUGGAAGAAUUCAUCCGGGUACUUCCCAAACAACGUAUGGAUCGCCGGAUGGUACUAACUGUCGCGGUUCAAAUGCUUCGCCGGUACAGGGAAAUUCACGAACGCGGUGUGAUCCACAUUGGGAUGAAGCCGGGAAACAUUUGCUUGCCGCCAAAGCACAGUCGAGAUGCAAAGGACAUGCUCUACAUAAUCGACUUUGGCUUCUCGUUUCCACUUGCUGAGAACUUGCCUCUGCCGAGCGCGCGUCGGACGGAUACCGUCGGUAAUCGGCGGUUCAUGAGCGUAUUUGCGCAUCAUGGGAUUAGUCAGAGCCAAAGAGACGAUCUCGAGUCGCUCGCAUACCUCUUGUCCUACUUGUACCACGGAGAGCUCCCAUGGGACCGUCCAGGUACCUCACAUUCAAAUCAUCAACCGCAGAUGUGGCGACUAAAGACGGCCACAACUGCAACGGAGCUAUUCAGCGGCAUGGACACGUGCUUUGUUGACUUUUGGCGCGAUGUCAAAGGACUGGCAUAUGGAGAGGUACCGGAUUACGAUGGAUUGGUAGGGCGAUUCGAGACAUGUUUCGUUCAGGAGUGCUCUCAGCCUGGCAACCACCAGGAGACCACUUGCGAUUGGUGGAACAUCUGGGAACAAUCUCAGUUAUGA